AUGCUUAGGGAGUCGGAGCUUUGUCGCUCUUCUGUGCUCUGGCUCCAUUGCCCUUUUGGUAGAGCUCUUUCUUGCCGAGUGCUUCCUCCAAACAUAGAUAAGAAACCUUUGAAGGAAUUUCGAGCCUGCAAAGCUGCUAAGGGUAUAUCCACCUGUUCUCUUGCUGAAGAGACUUCGGUUUGGGGGUUCCCCUAA